CUCACUGCAGUUUGUAGGAUAAUGGUUUGAGGGAAGUGUUUUUGUUCAUUUAAAUAACAAGCUGUCCCUGAAGUGUUUAAUUUUUAUUCAGGACUCUUCCGUUCCUGUUUCCUGUGUGAAGGAGCAGCAUGAGGGAAAGGAGUUAAAUCCACUUGCUGGGCUCUUACCGCCAUGAAUGGUCUGAUCACCUUCACCCCAGCCCAAGAGGAGGAUGAGCGCUGGCUGGGGAUCUCUGCUGCGAAGACCCCAUCACAGCAGGACGAUGCACUGAGCGGAGAGGCGGCAAAGUGUUUUUAUCAGAGCCUUUUAGAGGAAGGAAAAAGCGGAGGAUCUGCCGUUUGUCAUGGGGAUCAGAGGAGAGGUACAAAUGGAGGAAGGGCCAAAAGGAGAGAACCUCCACGCGACACCGUGACCGCCGAGAGAGAUGGACACCGGCUGCUGAAAUGCGCUCAGGAAGGGGACCUGGCUGGACUGAAGGAGCUGCUCGAGAAGAAAGGCUGUGACAUCAACUUCCAGGAUGCCUACUACUGGACACCUAUCAUGUGCGCCAGCUACGCCGGGCAGCAUGCCGUCGUCAGGUUUCUUCUUUGCAAGGGGGCAGCCUGGGUGGGCGUGGUGGACUCGCAGGGCCGAGACGCCCGAGACCUGGCCGACCAAGCCGGACACGAGGAGGUGGUGAGGGAGCUGGAGAGGUUCGGUGUCGAGCAGGAGACUCCUGGGAAUACGAUGAGUGUCCCUCCUGCCGAGCUGCAGUGGUGCACAGUGUGCGGAAUCCAGUACAGCGACAGUGAGAAGAAGCACAACAGCUCCACGGUGCACCAGUUCAGCCUCCGCCGUCCACCCCCUGUGCCACACUACUGCUUGCCCCCCUCCAACGCCGCCUUCCGAAUGAUGCUCCGCGAGGGCUGGGAACCGGGGGCCGGACUGGGGCCCCAGGGUGCCGGCCGGACACAGCCUGUGCGCACUGUGCUCAAGAGAGACCAGGAAGGGCUAGGGUAUGGUCCUACUCCCCGGGCCCGAGUGACACACUUUGAGGCCAGGGACACACGGGCAGUUCAGCAGGUCCCCGCUACUGCGGGCCGCAUGGAGCGGGUGGCCACGCUUAGCCGUAGAGCAGAGAGAAGGAAGGAGGCGAAGGACAAGAACUGGGAAAGGAACUUUCGGACUUACUUCAACCUGUAAAAUCCUGAUCCUGGACACGGUAAUGCAAAGGUGUGUCUCUGCAGCUGGAUUUUUUUUUCCCUCUCCUUUUUUCAUUUUAAAAAACAUUGAAUAUAGAGAGCUCAGUGCAGGAGGGAAACACCAACAAAGGA